CGACAUGCAGAGUGCAUCUCUUUCUUUUUCGACAGCAAGCAAAAUGGCCGCAACUCAUUGUGAUACGACAGACGUGUUGGAAAUUUUGCGUGAUGUCGUGUGUUAUUCGUCGUAAAUAAACAUUACUGUUCGAGUGUCGCGUCCCUUAAGCUAGUUCUCGACUGCUCAGUGUUAGUGCAUGCUGUGUUAUAUCCAAGUGCUUACUUUGUGAUUUAACAACCAACUAAAAAGGUGUUUUGUCUGUGUUUUGUGCCUUGUUUUCGUCAAUAUAUUCACCCUGACAUCUGUUUUGGAUUUAUGUUCACUUGAUUAAGGUGAUGCUGGGCGGGGCGGGGUCGCCGGGCGGCGACGACUUGCUCACCGUCACCGUCGUCAGAGACGAGCAUGGAUAUGGAAUGAAAGUAUCAGGCGACAACCCCGUGUACGUGCAGUCAGUGAAGGAGCACGGCGCGGCGUGGCGCGCUGGUCUCCGCGCCGGCGACAGGAUCCUGCGCGUCGACUCCGUGCCCGUGCACCACCACACGCACCAGCAGGUCGUGCACAUGAUACGAGCAAACCCAACGACAGUCCUGACAGUUCAACAAAACACAUCGAGACAUAAAACACCGAUCACAGCGCCAGUACCUGUAAAUUCGGAGAAACAACGACAACUAGAAGUAUCGAAGGUCCACACGGUGCGGUUGAUGCUCGAACAGGAACAGAAGUUCAUCAGAGAUUUAAGAAGUGAACUCCUUAAAGUACCAGACGUGCGGAAACAAUCGCAACUCGAGUCCGCCGAACAGCGCUGCUCCAAGCUCCAACAUGAGAUCGACACGAUCAUGGCUGGCCAGUACCCCGCGGGUGCUGGCGCGGGCGGCGGGCGCGCGCGCGGCAAGGCGGGCGCGGCGGGCGGCGGGUUCCUGAGCGGGCUGCCGCGCUCGCUGUCCAGCCUGACGGGGCAGUCGCUGCGCGGGCUGCGCGCGCGCGCCCGGCCCGAGCCCGCCGAGCCCACCACGUGCCUGGACGCGGCCAGCCCGCCGCCCCUCCCGCCGCGCGCCCCCCUCCCGCGCCCCGAGCGCCCGCUGCGCCGCUCCUCGCACUCGCUGGACGGCGAGCUGGACGCGCCGCAGCCCAACUCCAUCGCCAUGCAGAUGAGCUACCCCUUAGUCAACCUGCCGCCGCCGCCGCUACAAGUCAUGCAGACGGAUAGCCGGCCCGGCGUUCCUGUCCUGCACAUGCGGAGCAGAUCCUCGCCCGAGCAGCUGGACCACGACUUGACUAGAUCAGCAAGCCUGGCCCCGGCCGCCCUGUCGCGCGCGCCGCCGCCCAGCCCGGGCGCGGCGCGCGACUGGUGCGAGCGGGACACGCCGCCGCCCGGGACCCCGCCGCCGCCCUACCACACCAACACACAGCCCUGUGCGGAUCCCCAAAGAGCAAUCAUAUCAAUGGAAGAAGAUGAUUCGCCAGCAUCAGACAACUCAACGUACUCGGGUUUAUUCUCAAACCUGCGUUCCGUGAGAGAAUCCAAGGCGAGGACGGCGGUACUGCUCAACUGGCUACUGGGAGAAAGGAGAUGCGCGUGCGCGUGCCUGCUGCUGGUCCUGACGGACGGCUACCGCGCGGCGGGCGGCGUGGCGGCGCACACGCUGCGGCGCUGGGCCUACGAGAUCCACUCCGCCUUCCUCGUGCCCGGCGCGGUGUUACAGCUCAGCGGCGUCGAUGAAAACAUGGCCAAUGAGAUCGAACAGAUUUUAGUCAAUGAAUACGACAAAGAAGAGCUCCUCCGCAACGUGUUCCGCAAGGCCCGGCAAAAGGCGAAGGACGAGCUGAGCCAGCAGCUGACGGAGUUCCAGGUGAAGCGGCAGGUCGGGCUGGGCACGCUGUACGGGCCCGAGGACAGCGUCAUCGACAAGUGCGACGUCGACAAGGCGCAGGAGCAAGUGGUAGUGGAGCAGCUGAUGUGCGGCGCGCUGCGGGCGGCCACAGCGGCGGGCGCGGCCACUGCGCAGGCGCGGGACGCCCACAGCACGCUGCUGGCCGCGCUCAUCGCCGCCGCGCUGUGUCUGCACUGCCGGCCGGCGUCAGUGGCGGCGGCGGUGGGCGGAUCGCGCGCUUCCUUCUUACAACGAGACAAGCUUUACAAGCAGAGGGUCAAGCAAAUCACGAAGCAGCACCCACAGCCUUUCGUGGUCCGCGGCCACCACCUGCAGCUGCAGGCGCUGACGGCGGUGGCGCACUGCCACCACUGCGACCACAUCAUCUGGGGCCUCGCGCCGCAGGCCUACGUCUGUACAGACUGCAAGCUGCGCGUCCACCGCGGCUGCGCGCGCGCCGUGGAGGAGGGCUGCUGCCUGGACGGCGAGCAUCACAACAACCGGAUCUCGCGGUUCAUGGAGCGGAUACACGCCAACAACCAGCCCAACAAUUUAGACACAAACGAAAAGAAAUCGAGGAAGGCGAGUGCGGGGAAUUUUCUCAACAUGGAGAGAAGUUUUCGCAAGGCCGAGGAUGAGCCGCCCUGGGACCAGACGCUCACUGCCUCAGUCAUAGGUAAGUUUGCACAUUACGAUCACAGUUUAAUUUGGUGUUACCCUAAUUCUUCCCAUCGGCAGGUAAGUACUAGAUUGUAGUUACAAUAGAUGUCUAACCUACACAUAGGCAAAGUAUUGCAUUAAGAACCGACAUUAUCCAAAUCCCCUUUUCACACGAUACUGUACAGCGCUAUCUAGCUAACAGCGGCGGAAUCUGUAAACUAGUUCCAUUGAAUUUAGUCUCGCUAUUCGCCGCUAGAUGGCAGCACGUGUAUGAUAAAACGAAUGGCAAUUUAA